CCAUGUGAGAGGCAGUCCAGAAAACUAUUUCGGUCUUAGUUAGAGAUGAAUAAUUUAGAAACAAAACAUUUCACGGUAGGUUUCGGUAAUAAUAUCCUCAAAAAUCUGUCGGGAAGUGAUGCACAUGCUGCCCGGGGAAUACCAACUUGGAAAAAGUUACGACAUGGAGGAAGAAACGGGCGAUUAAAAAUCGCUGGGUGUAUUUGACCUCGACCAUCACGGGUUCAACCAAAUAACUCGACGGGGUCAAUCAACUUUAGAGAGGUAAACAUGGCGACUCUCAUGAGGGGUGAGAAACGUAAAGUUGCCGCACAACUGAAGGCUGAAAUCACUCGAAAUACUGGAAACCAACAGUUACAGGAGCUACUUGACGUUGUUCUGAGUCCUCAGACGUCACUGGAGAAAAGCGAUAAUCUAGACUGGUGUCGAGCGUUGAUUGCGGGAGGGAAUUCUUUCGAUGAAUUUGCGAAGACAGUGAGGGCGUACGAUAACGCGACGACUUGCGGGCUGGUGUGGACGUCAAACUUUGUUGCUUACAGGUGUCGAACUUGUGGCAUAUCACCAUGCAUGUCAAUCUGUGCAGACUGCUUCCAUGGAGGCAAUCAUGAAGACCAUGAUUUCAACAUGUUCCGCAGCCAGGCUGGUGGAGCUUGUGAUUGUGGAGAUCCCAGCGUGAUGAGAACAGCAGGCUUCUGUAAUUUGCAUGGUCCAGAUAAACCGAAGAAUCACACAGUGCCAAGUGACUUGCUACCUAUGGCAGAUGUUGUCGUCCCAAGGCUGGUGUUUAGAUUUGUUCUGUAUCUACGAGACCUCUUCUCCAAAUGUUCUGACCUCCCAAUAAUGCGCUUUGACUUGAAAGAAGGAGAGCCACUCUUAAGCCUACUUCAUGAAUUAUGCAAUAUGGGCGGAGCUAUGAGAACUGUAAUGACAAGAGCUUUGACGGAUCCAGUUCUCUAUCAGAAUCACACAGAUGGUUCUGCAGGAUGCUACAGCAAUGUGCAACCACACAUCAAGCAAACACAAGAUAUCUUACAAAAUGCACAGAGAAGACUUGCCUUUCCAGAUACACCCAAGAUCUUAAGAGGUAACCCUGCUGUUGCUUAUCCUCUGCUACCAUCAAGUUUUGUUGAGGAGUUGCUUUUCUGGGCCGUCCUCUUUGAGUUUCCAGAGAAGAUUGUGACUCUGUUAUUGAAGAUGCUGCCUGAUAACACUUACAAGGAACUCUUUACAAAAUCUUUUGUGAAGUUCUACGGUCGUAUCGCCAUGUCCCUGGCCAUCUCUAGCCACCCAGACAGGCUUUCCAGCCGGGUGGUUCACAUCAGUGUUCAGCUCUUCAGUAACGAGGACCUGGCCAUUCAGAUGACUAAUGACUUACAGCUGAUUCACAUUCUGAUUGCAUCGUUACAAUGCCUACUCAAACGCACUCUGAUGGAUAACCCUAUCGGAGUUGCUCGGGAUGGUCCAAGGAACUGCCAAGUUGCCAACUGUGAGCAUCCAGUCAUGAAGAACCACUGCUACUGGCCAGUUAUCAGCGAUCUCACAAACAUCCUCUCACAUCGCUCUGUAGUCCACAAGUUUUUCACCGACCCUGCUCUGUUAAAAAUGUGGACCAAUGUGUUGUCAAUGUUCAUGUGUAUGAAUUUGAAUGAACGAGAGCUGCACAAUCAUGUUGAAUUUGAACCCAACGCUUACUCCACAGCCUUCUCAGCUGAGAUCGAGGCAUGUGCUGCCCCCAUGUGGCAGCUGUAUACACACUGCAAAGAUGAAAGUACAGCACACUACACUCAGGCACUUCUCAAUGCGUGUGUAGAAACUACUAUGGACUGGCUGCAAGAGGCCAACAUCCAGGAGUCUUUUGACCCAUUCCGAGUGUCCUUUCAUAUACCACUCCUUCGGUACUAUGCUCUUUUGCUUAGCCAGGCUCUUACAAAACAAGGUGUCCAAGUUACUCCAGCGGAAGAUUUCCUGAAACGUCUGAUAGUUUUCCCUCUUCAGAUUCAGGCCAUGGUGAGUGAAGUGUUCUGUGAGAUGUGGGUGCGUAACGGAUUGCAGAUCAAACGACAAGCUAUGACGUACAUGCAGUGUCAUUUCUGUGCCUCAAUGAUCGAUCUAGACCUCUUCUUGCUCCAGGUCGGUGCGGUGUAUCUUGAUCCCGACUUCUUUGUUACCAAGGUGUUCUCAUGUUUCAAGGUUCUUGAGACGUUAACGUUCAAUCAGUCACAUUUUAACAGCCAACUCUACCCCGGGAAUGAACCUGCAAUGUUAGAGGGGGCCUUCUACCUGUUGGCAACGCUACUCAGCACCAGAACUCAUAUGGGGGCAUCAGAAGAGGAGCUUUUACGUCAAGAAAUGGUUGCUUUGUUAUGUAUACAGGACAGACCACACAGCCAGCUUGCUGAUCAAAUCCCAGAGAAGACUGGACUGUUCAAUUCCAAUGAGCACUUUGAGUCUAUCUUAGCUGAGGUUGCUGAUUAUCACGAUCCAAUGUCUGAGACAGGGAGUGGAGGUCUCCAACAGGGUCGCUACUCACCCAAACCUCACAUUUGGGAAACUGAAUUUGACCCGAUUCAUGUCAUGCUGAGGGUCAUGCAGAAGAAAGAUUUCCAAACUGCGAUGGAUCGUUAUAGUUCUCAUAUGAAGCAAACAGGACGGCAUUCUGGUAGCAGUGGUCUGUGGCCUCCAUUCAAGCCGCUCAAGCUCCCAACAACUCCCUUUGAAAACCUUCAUCAACUCCUUCACUGCAAGACUCUUCAUGGUGUGAUCUUUAUCAUACUCUACAAGGCCGUCCAUGGUCGAUCCAUAACGGAUCCUGUGCUCUAUCUAUGCAUUGCUCUACUAGACAUGAUGUUGCAAUACCCAACGGUUAAAAUAUUAUCAAAGACUCCAACACCAGAUGUAAUAAGAGACGGUGAUUUUUCAGCCAUGUUUCCAGACAACGUGAUCCUGAACAACUUAAGACAUCGCAUUAAGACUGUCGAGAUUCCCAGCCUACAUGAAAAGCCAUCUUCAUCACAUCAGAGAACUAUGGACAGCACGGACCUGCUCCUGCAACAACUCCUUAACGAAGAAGUAAGCAUCUACAGUCAGAACCUGUUUGGUUUGGGUGUAGGAUUCGGAGGCCAUCAGAAUCUCGACGAGGCAGAGCCUCAAAUGGAGGAGGAAGAGGCAUACCCAAGCGAGGAAGAGCAAGAUUCUGUAGAUGAGGAGCUAGAUGGGAUGGAGCAGGAGGAGGCUGAUGAUAUUGAAGAGGAGACGGAAGGGAUGGAGGUAGCUGAGGUGGGCGGAGAAGUGGAAGCUGGUACAGUGCAGGGAGAUGGAUAUGAUGUUGAUUCGCAGUCGGCUAGUUUACAAACAGCUGAUGAGCCAACAGUCCCUCUUCAAGACCUUCCUGCCACAACCUCGACAGCUACAAGUUCUUCCAAGAAGUCCUCAAGAGUUCAGACAGUCCUCUGGACUCCUUGUAAGAUGCUUACCAUCAAUGAGUCGAUGCUGGAUCUAUUGGUGAAGUUACAUUCUAAGAUGGUCGGUAAAGAAGGCUCCUACUUGCCUCCAUCUAUGAGGACGGAGAAGGGGGAGAGGAAUGACCAAGAAAUACAGGUUGGUGGAGGAGCAUACUAUGUCAAAAGACUCCUGGAUAAGAUUUGUCAUCUACACCCCGAGAGUCAGCAACAAAUAGAGGCGCUUUGUCAACUCAAAGAUCAACCGGAUAACGGACAAACUACAAGCAAUGCACUUAGUUCAACGGACAGGAGAAAGAAGGCACGGGAGGCUCAGCAGAAGUUGUUUGCAAAACUAGCCGCUGAGCAAAGGACAUUUUUGGCAAAAUCCUUGGAAACAGAUGAAGGGUUAGCAGAGGUGCCUGAAGCUGAUGGGGAUGACAGAGGAGCUGCCACACCCAAGGAAGCUGAGCCUGGAGAAAUGUUUGAAUGUGUCAUAUGUGGGCAAACAGCGCCCUCAACGGGCUAUAAUCCAAUCGGGAUGGUGGCACUAAUGCAAGCAACAGGAGUUCUUGGUCAUCAGUCUCAGGUUUCUGAGGCCCAGACUUUACCAACGCAAAGUGGUGAAGAAAUUAGCCAUGCUGGACGAUGUAGGAAUGUCAAUGAACGAAGGAAGGAAGAUCUGACUAGGAACUUUAAUAAGGACUCACUGCAGGCGUCUGUUGAUACUGAAUGGACUGGAGUUCAUAUUCAGAGUUGUAGACAUUACAUCCAUCUAAGCUGUCAUCAAUCUUAUCUUAACUCAUUACAGGACUACCAGUCCCCCCACCUUCAUGUCCACAGUAAAGGAGAGUACGAGUGUCCGCUAUGUCGGCAACUGGCAAACUUUGUCUUGCCGUGUAUGCCUUCACUACGAGACUCUACAUCAAGUAAACCUCAUGGAGUCGAGAGAAACUAUUCUCGUAUUAUAGCCGAGGUGAUGGAUAGGUUACAACAUAGAAGAGAGAGGCCAGCGUCACUUAGGGGAAUUCUUACUGCCACAGAGAACGUCUUUGUACCAAGACUUCAGAUGGAGAAUAGGUUCAACACACAGGGCUCUGAUUCAAUGAGACUUGGAUUACCGCCCAGGGAAAUGCGUCAGAUCUUAUUGCAGUCAACAGCGAGGGUAAACUUAGAGUUGGAUUUGGUUGUUCGGGGAAAUCUACUUACUUCUCAGUCUUCAAGCCAGCCAGCUUCCAAGAGAAGUUGUUUAGGCACUCUCCUUGAGGUUCUAAGCUUUAUACAAAGUGAUGAAAUGUAUAUUGCUAUGGCAAGUAAAGCUUGGUCGUCUCUCACCGGAGUUGAGCCCGGUACCCUGCCCGUGGUCCCAAGUGCCCAAAGCAAUGAUGUACCAAUUCUGUUGAGGGAUCCCAUAUCGUUAUUACUGUACCUCAUCACAGUUAUGCGACAUCCAGUAAAUAAAGACUACUUCACAUGUAUAGUGAGGGUCUUGUACGCCAUGCUCUACACUCAGGCCUUAUCUGUUAUUAGUUGUAGAAUGCCACAGACUGAGAGGAAGGCUUGGACUGAAAGUGGCAAAUCAUGUCAGGAACAUUCUAAUCAGAUUCAAAUGGAUUCCUUACUGAGUGAGAUCAUCGUAAUGUACUCCCAGAGUAGACUGUAUCAAGAUGUUGACACACACCAAGGACUAGCUAUUUGCCAGUCAGUGUGGACACCACAAUGUGUGGAGACCGCCAUUCAACAAUACUGCCUUCCAUUUCUACGCAUUGCUGCUCUCAUGCAACAUCAUUUGUAUAGAGAAGAACUACCUACUUGUCAGCGUCAAGAUGUUGAAUUUGAAGUGCUGGCCAAUUUUCUGAACCUUUGCACACCGCCCUCUGUUGACGAGAAACAACCCAACCUGUACAGCGCUCGAUGUCUUCAUUUUGUCGGUGACAGCCCAUCAAAUUUAUUGAGGGUGUGGUGUCAAGAAUUUCUUGUCUUCGUCAACAAGAACCAUCCUGUAGCUAAGCGUUUGCUUCUACAUAACCCAAUUUUCUAUCCGCCCCGCCUUCUACAACUGCCCACGAGGUACGACGAUGUAUUCCAGUACUAUAGACAACGUCGAUGUGACAGAUGUAAGAAUAUGCCGAGUCGUCCAGUCGUGUGUUUGGUGUGUGGCGCCCUCAUCUGUCUAAAUGCAGCUGGCUUAGGUUGCCAUUUGUCUGGCAUCAGGGCUCCAAUAGAUACAGAGCAUUCCUUGGAGUGUGGCUCGGGAACCGUUGUGUAUCUGGAUAUUAAUUCUUCAACGGUGAUCAUCAUUAGAGGCAAGAGGCUCUGCUAUUGGGCAUCGGUGUAUCUGGACAGGCACGGUGAAGAGGAUCGGGAACUCAAGCGGGGCAAACCACUGAUCUUGUGUCUUCAACGUUACAAGAUGUUGGAGCAUCUUUGGAGGAGUCAUGGCUUCAACCACUCCUGUAAGAAUUGGGUCUUACUUGGAGGUCACGGAGGUCACCACUUUUGAAUCAACAAACUACCUAAAGCCCUGUUCAUACUUCCUGCGAAUGCGAAGCGAGUGUUGACGUCACAUGGCUGUUUUAAGCAGCGACUGUUUCUCAGGAGUUGAAUCCAGCUCAGCCGUUGCGAGUUAUUCAUGGCGAAAUUGUGAUGUCAACAUUUGUAUCAUAUUCACAUUCGCAGGAAGUAUGAACCAGGGCUUAAGUGUACAUGUGUAAUAUUAUAUCAAAUGUAGACUAUUGAGCUUUGCAGCAUAAAUGUAUUUUGUUGACUCUUCAUCCAUGGCUAGACUGGGCCCCUGUCUUUAUCCACAAGGUCAAAGACAGGUACUUUGUUUCCAGAACCAGUGAUUUCAUUGGUAACCUUGCGGUGACGCAAGCAUUCUAUAUCUGUAUUUUGAUUGGUUCGGAGGUGAUGUGGGCGCAGCUUACAAACAUCAGCUGGGACCACUCAAAACACAGAUGAAUGUAGGAUGAAUGAGGAUUGAAAUUUGCUUGAAGAUAGUGUGAUUAAUCAGACUUCUUGCGCUAAAACUUUCAUGCAUGUGGAUUGUGCGAUAUAAUCUUUUAAAUAGAUACGGGCUGCGAGGUCAAAUUCAGUUUGGUGAUGCGCUUAUUUUCUAAAAGCUUGGUAUGAAAAGGGGAGUUGAGUCUCUAAACUCGCAUUAAAUCGUUUUAUUUGACAUAUUAUUUCGGAGCAACACUUUGAAACAUGCCAUCAUUUGACAUUUGGUGUCAAAACUUAAUGGGUCUGAGCACUCAACUACAGGAAUUUGGGGGCUUUUUGAUUGAAAAUUAGGGAAAAACAGGAAUGUUUUAAAACUUUUCAAUAGCACAAAUUUACAGACCCAUAUUUGUGGAGUGUUAUGUCAAUGAUGAUUUAUGACGGAAGUUUUUUGUUGAUAAAAUUUGCAGUGCAUGGGUUAUCAAUUGCAUUGGCAUUUUACACCAUUUUUACGCGAGGGAGAAAUUUGCAAUUUGUCAAAGUUUCAUAAAUCCUCUAUUGAUGGAAAAAGAGUGCAUGACAAGUCUGAUCUCAACCUUAGAGACCCCUUUUAUAACCAAAUAGAGUGACUUAUAAGUUAUUUUUUAUCUUAAGGCUUAUUUUUUAUUAAUUUUAAAACAGAAAUUGUCUCAAAAAGCAUUGUCACACAAAUAAAUUAGUUCAAAGUCUUAAUAUCAAUUGUUGAUUUGCCCAACCUGAGUAGAACGGAUUGCUUACUUUUUAUUAAUUUUAAAACAGAAAUUGUCAUAAAAAACUUGUCCUACCUCAACAAUUAUUUUAAAUACUUGUUAUCAAGUUGAUCUUCCCUACCUAUACGAGUAGAAAGAAUUGUAUACAAUGCCUUCCCAACUCUUAAAGACACUGGACACCUUUGGUAAUUGUCAAAGACCAGUAUUCUCACUUGGUGUACCCCAACAUAUGCA